GCUAAAACAUUUGGAUGCGGUCAUUCGGACGAGCCCUCCCCCGAAACCUCAGCGAGAUCCAAUCACCAGUUGCUUCACGAGCGGAAAGUUCCCUUCCUUAUUUCCGAUUGGAUUGCUAUAUUUAGGAAAGCUCACUUUGCUUUAUAAAGAGAUCUCGCCGAGUUGUCACCGCACGGGAAAAAAAAGUGUUGCGGCCCAGACGCCCCAAAAAAACGCGACUUUUUUGAGGGGUCGAUUCUUUGAAGACUUUUGCAAUGGGGAAGGAAACGCAAAUGGCGGCCGAGAUCCGCAAGAAACUUGUGGUGGUGGGCGACGGCGCAUGCGGGAAAACGUGUCUCCUGAUCGUGUUUAGCAAAGACGAGUUCUUGGAGUUGUACGUCCCGACCGUUUUCGAAACUUACGUGGCGGACAUCGAGGUGGACUCCAAGCAGGUCCAGCUGGCCCUGUGGGACACCGCGGGCCAGGAGGACUACGACCGGCUCCGCCCGCUCUCCUACCCGGACACGGACGUUAUUUUGAUAUGCUUCUCCGUGGACAGCCCGGACUCGCUGGAAAACAUCCCGGAGAAGUGGGUGCCCGAGGUGAAACACUUCUGCCCCAACGUGCCCAUCAUUCUGGUGGCCAACAAGAAGGAUCUACGCAACGACGAGAACGUCAAGAACGAGCUGUCCCGACUUAAGAUGGAGCCGGUGAGGCCCGAAGACGGCCGAGCCAUGGCGACGCGCAUCGGCGCUCACGACUAUUUGGAAUGCUCUGCCAAGACGAAAGAGGGGAUCUGGGAGGUGUUCGAGGCGGCGGCGAGGGCAGCUUUGCAAAAGCAAAAGUCCCGACGGCAUAUUUUCAAACGGUGCGCUUUUAUGUGACUGGGUGGCUCCAAGGACUCGCCGAGACGUGUUGUUUAAGGCCUGUUGGGGCAGUGCCGCUCCCUGAUAAAGUGUGGCCAAAAAAAAGAGAGGAAGAGGACAAUAAUGGCCCGGAAGACUGUUUUGGCCACGCCGUCGUCUUCUGGUGCUGCAGGGAGUGUUUUGGACACAAUCGUGGGUCUUAUGAGCUGAAUUCACUGGUGGAGGAAUGAAAACACAACUAUUUUUUUGCCUUUCCAAGCUCGCCAUUUGUAGCUGAGAACGUUUUUUUUGUUUAAAAAAAGUGUAUUUAAAAACAAAAUAUCCUGAAAGCUGAAAAAAGUGAAUUGUGUUACAUAGCACUGAUUUACCUUGAAAUAUCCCCAACCAGAGAAGAUGGAUGACGUUAGUAAAGCUAUGAUAGCUUGCCACAACCUCAACCACUUGCCAUCAGCCAUGUAAAUAUAUAGGAGAUUGUUUACAUGUUGUUAAGGGGAACAAAGGAUGUGAUUCUCCAGGAGGAAGGUUUAAUCUGUCCAAUUGCAUCAUUUACAACACAUUUCUGCACACAAGGAACAUCACAACAAGACGAGUUUGCCAAGCAAAUGCCUUCCACAGCACUUUCUAUUUUCAUUCUUUCAACCACUGUGCAACGAUUUUCGAGCGAAGAAUCACAUGUACGCGUUUCUGUGGACCGAUCGUGGCGGUUAACAAGCUGGCCUAUCGCUUUGCUAAAGCCUAUGAACAAAUUUCUGGGUCAUGUUAACCCCAUUGAUUAAAUAUUUGGAUUAAAGUUGGCCGUGUAUCCUCUUCUCCAGUUCCUAUUUUUCACGCGAGCCUAAAAUUUGAAUGACGAAAGCGAUUUCACAAUGAGAAUAAUGGAGUCAGUGUUUAAUUUGAAAACGAAAGACCGAUUCGCAGACUCCUUGAGCUCACGUUCUGCUCACAAUUGACAGUACAAACAUAAAAGACAUUAAAGCUAAAAGCAGUCAUGUUUGCACAUGUUCACUUUUAUUACCGUGAAACAAGUGUUUUUAAACGAAGUUGCACAGCAUUGAACUCGAUAGUGUUCAUUAGGGAUGGGCAUUGAAUUAAAUUUCCAUGUCAUUUUUACAUCAAAUUGAAGCAGUAAACAUUAAAUGUUGCCUUAUGUAAAAAAAAAAAAGAUUUCCAAGUCGACAUACUACAGAAAUCGUAAUAUUUUGGAUUCAGGGCCAACUAUGCAGUCUAGUGCAAUUUUUUUUUUUUUUUUAAUGAAGCAGGGGUUAAUGAUUUUUGUCAUUCAGGUACAUUUUCAGCAUAUUAUAGUCGUCGCUGGUCAUGUUUGUUGGGAGGGCACUAACUAGUGAAGCGUUGACUCUAAAAAAAAAUCUUGUUGUAGCGGUUUUGGUUUAGACCUGAACCAAGUUAUGGUUCUAAAGCCUGCAGUUUGCAAGCACGGGUGAGCCAAUCGCCGUGGCUCACUGCGGGACGAAGCCAUUUGAUGGCCGUAAAAAUACAAAGUGAGACAUUGGUGCGUUUUUGGGGAGCGCUCAAAAAAGUUGGUUUACGAUGAAAACACUCAUUCGGUUGGGACAUGCUCAUGACUGUAUGUUGAUCCACCUGAGUGUCCGAGGUAUGACUAUGAAUGUAUCUCCUUGUUGUGGACAAACGACACAAAUGCAUGUUAUUGCUUUUCGGUUCUUUUUUAAUUGAUUUGAAUCAUUGAUGGCAAAUCACUGUCUAGUUAUAAAAUGUGUUAACUUUUGUCUUAGUGACACCAAGGGCAGAAAAUGGGGAGUGCUGCAGGAUUUAGUGUCUGUUAAUCUUUGAUUCUGAAUCUUAAAUGACGUGUGACUGCUGUCUGUAACAGUCGUCUGUCAAUUUUUUUUUUUAAAGACUCUUUUAUAAAUUGUAAUUAUGCAAAAGUCGCAUACCUGCCUCUCAUGUGUUGCUGGGAUUU